AUGGUUAGUCAGACUGACCUGCAAAGUCGUCAUCAACCGAGAUACUAUGUGUUUGAGGCCCUCAUCGGGGCCAAAGAACGCUCGCGCAUAUGGGAUCAGGCGCAAUUCUGGGAAGACGCGUUCCUCGAUGCUGCGGCCCGUGAACGCGACCUUCUUGGUCUUGAUCAUUCGUCAACGGCCUUGCUUGAACGUUACGCAAAGUUGUCGGUACCUGAGAGGAAGUUGUGGGAUCUAAAGGAGGACCGCAUUUUAGCAACUCUCUUGCACAAUCUCAUCGCUUUCAUGGUAAUGCUAAAAACAACCAAACAAGAAAUAUACAACGUUGGCUAUCGACUGCUCGGACGGUGUCGCCUCGGGUCCCAUUUUUCGCAUUCGAUCUCCAACCUACUUGAAUCCAUUGCUGAACUAAGUGGUAACGCCAUCGAUCUCAUACCGUCGAUGAGCGCUAGUAUCUACCAGCAGGCUUUCAUUGUAACCACUGGUGCGAAGAAUUUAACAACUGGAACUGCGUCCAUUCUGGAAGUAAGUUCAGAGCUCCACUAG